AUGGGCGACGCCGCUCCGCAGACGACGACCCUGGUGUUCACGUACGGGACGCUGAAGCGCGGGUUCUCCAACCACCGCCUCCUGGAGGAGCUCUCCGCGAGCGGGGACGCCACGCUGGUGGGCCCCGCGGUGACGUCGGUGCGGCUGCCGCUGGUGUGCGGUCCCUACCGGGUGCCGUUCCUGCUGAACCUCCCGGCGGCAGCUGGCGGGGCCGCGCACCGCGUGCGCGGGGAGGCGUACGCGGUGACGGCCCGCGGGCUGGCGCGGCUGGACGAGCUGGAAGGCGUGGCCACGGGGCACUACGAGCGCCUGCCGGUGGAAGUCGAGGUCAAGGUCGAGGGGGGCGCGGAGGGGAGAAGCAGGGUGGUGGAGGCGAUCGCCUACUUCGCGCACCGGAGCUACGCCGGCGACCUGUGGCGGCGCAGCGGGGAGGAGGGCGUCCCCGAGUACACCCACGGCGUGGCGGCUGGGUAUGUCCGGCGCAAGGACCGGCCGCAGGGGCAGACGUUCCUGGAGCAGAUCCGGGUCUUCGUCUCCUCCCAAUCAUCCUAG